AGCGAUCUGAUAUAGUUUUGAAGCAGGUAUCGCAUUGGUUUGUGUUGAUUAUGACGGUAUUGAUAUUAUACGUGAGUAAAUAUUUGUAUAAUGUAAAGUGAAUGUUUCGUUUUUCGGUUUUAAGUUAUGCGCCACCCCUGCGAACAUUCCAACUGUGGUGUCAUCCGUGACUAGGCCUAUGCAGUAGGGAGUUGUUUGGAGGACCCCGUAAGUUUUUCUUUACUUUACAUGUCGUUUAAUAAUUUUCUACAUACGCGUUUGUUUUUUCAUUUUUACAAUCCAUUUCGCCUCGCUUUUCACUUGUGAAACCCCACUCGGCUGUAAAGAUACGGCCUUCGGGGCGUGGUACACAACACGAAAAAAAGAAAGAAAAAAAGAGCCGGAGACGGAAGGAGAGCUUCAGUAAAUUCUGGCUGACCGCGGCUGAGCUUAUGAUGCCGACGUUGCGGGACAGCACCAUGUCCCACCCCGGCGAGAAUUCCCAUCAAGUCCGGGUGAAAGCCUACUACAAAGGGGACAUCAUGAUCACCCACUUUGAGCCGUCCAUCUCAUAUGAGGGCCUGCACGGCGAAGUGCGAGACAUGUGCUCCAUGGACAAUGACCAGCUCUUCACCAUGAAGUGGAUUGACGAGGAAGGUGACCCGUGCACUUUAUCUUCUCAGCUGGAGCUGGAAGAAGCACUGCGCCUCUAUGAACUCAACAAGGACUCUGAGCUCAUCGUUCACGUGUUCCCAUGUAUACCAGAGAAACCCGGCAUGCCAUGUCCUGGAGAAGACAAGUCCAUAUAUCGGCGGGGAGCGCGGCGCUGGAGGAAGCUCUAUUUCGCUAGCGGCCACUCCUUUCAGGCCAAACGCUUCAACAGGAGAGCGCAUUGCGCCAUCUGCACGGACCGCAUCUGGGGUCUCGGCCGACAGGGCUACAAGUGCAUCAACUGCAAACUGCUGGUGCACAAAAAGUGCCACAAGAUGGUCACUGUGGAAUGCGGCCGGCCCAUGAUACAGGAGCCAAUUCUGCCCGGUCAACCACCCAGCAGUCAGUUAGACCCAACGGAACAGUCAGGCCCCCAGAAUAAAGACUCGAGAGAAAGCUUGACUUACGAUGGAGAGGAGAAAGAGGCGCGGAACAGCCGAGACACGGGGAAGUCACCCUCCAGCCUCGGCUUGGCCGACUUCGACCUGCUGCGGGUGAUCGGCCGAGGCAGCUACGCCAAAGUGCUGCUUGUGCAGUUGAAGAAGACUGAGCGCAUCUACGCCAUGAAGGUGGUCAAGAAGGAGCUAGUCAACGAUGACGAGGACAUCGACUGGGUCCAGACAGAAAAACACGUCUUUGAGCAAGCAUCCAAUCAUCCCUUCCUGGUGGGCCUGCACUCCUGCUUCCAGACAGAAAGCAGACUCUUCUUUGUUAUUGAAUAUGUGAAUGGCGGCGACCUCAUGUUCCACAUGCAGAGACAACGGAAGCUUCCAGAAGAGCACGCAAGAUUCUAUUCUGCUGAAAUCAGUCUGGCGCUCAACUACCUUCACGAGCGCGGCAUCAUCUACAGAGAUCUCAAACUCGACAACGUGCUGCUCGACUCCGAGGGACACAUCAAACUCACAGACUACGGCAUGUGCAAGGAGGGCUUGAGACCCGGCGAUACGACGAGCACUUUCUGCGGCACCCCGAACUACAUCGCUCCCGAAAUACUCCGAGGAGAAGAUUACGGCUUCAGCGUGGACUGGUGGGCGCUUGGCGUGCUGAUGUUUGAGAUGAUGGCGGGCCGGUCGCCCUUCGACAUUGUGGGAAGCUCCGACAAUCCCGACCAGAACACAGAAGACUACCUCUUCCAAGUCAUAUUGGAAAAACAGAUCCGAAUUCCCCGCUCACUGUCGGUCAAAGCUGCGAGCGUCCUUAAGGGAUUCCUCAACAAGGAUCCCAAGGAGCGUCUGGGCUGCCACCCUCAAACAGGCUUUGCUGACAUCAUGGGCCAUCCCUUCUUCAGAAACGUCGACUGGGACCUUCUGGAGCAAAAGCAGGUGGUCCCUCCCUUUAAGCCCAACAUCUCAGGUGAAUUCGGCCUGGACAACUUUGACGCACAGUUCACCAACGAGCCCAUCCAGCUGACGCCUGACGACGACGAUGUGGUGAAGAAGAUCGAUCAGUCCGAGUUUGAGGGCUUCGAGUACAUCAACCCGCUGCUGAUGUCUGCUGAGGAGUGUGUAUGAAGGGAGUCACACGCACACACAGUUACAAACACACAGUUACACACGUGCCAGUGUCUUCACGUUGCGUGGUUACGAGGCGACCCGACGGUAUCAUCAUUCAUAGUUUUUGUUGUUGCCAAAGGCAGUUUCACACUCUGCCAGUUUUGACCACUUGUCCUUAAGUCUUCUUUUUAUGAAUUAUUUUUAUAUGUUCUCUAUAUAAAAAUACAAAUGUAAAAAUAUUAAACUGCACUGAUAUCUUUGUGUCAUCGGGGGCCUCUCUACCAAGUUCUUCCAAGGUACUUACUGUACACAGACUCAUUUUAAUGGUAUAUACAAAACUGCUGUUGAUUAACAUUAGCCCCCUUUGUAUUUUUUAAGCUCGUUCAUCACGCCUCUUUCUCAAAACUCUAAAUAUGAAAAACUAUAUAUAUUUUUUUAUUUAACUACAGACGUGUGUUGUCCGUGUGCAGCCUGUGGAUCGGAACUGGAGUUGAGUCAGCUAAAAUACUGUGAACAAACGUAGCGCAUUAGUCAGACUUCAACAGUCACCCACGACCAAAAAAAAAAAAAAACCCCACAUUUCUGGUACCUGUACAUCUAAAAAUAAAAAA